AUGAUGACUCACACAUUACCAGGCGAACAGACACGUCUUGUUCCUGGAUCGAACUCGAACUCUCGUCCAAAGAAGAAACGGAUCUCUAAAAGAUCGAAGAUAAUUAUAUCCACCGUUGUAUUUAUUGGUUUGCUGCUGGUUUUAGUGCAACUGGCAUUUCCAAGCAGUUUUGCAUUACGUUCCGCAUCGCAUAAGAGGAAGAAUGUCAUAUUCUUCGUCACGGAUGGGAUGGGACCUGCGUCUUUGUCCAUGGCAAGAUCGUUCAAUCAGCAUGUUCACGAUUUGCCUAUAGAUGACAUCUUAAUACUGGACCAGCAUUUUAUCGGUUCCUCCAGAACCAGAUCCUCGGACUCACUAGUCACUGACUCAGCUGCGGGCGCCACCGCAUUUGCAUGUGCAUUAAAGAGCUAUAAUGGGGCCAUCGGUGUUGAUCCGCAUCACAAACCUUGUGGUACGGUGCUCGAGGCCGCUAAGUUGGCAGGUUAUCUCACUGGGCUUGUGGUAACCACAAGAAUCACAGAUGCCACUCCAGCUUCAUUUAGCUCUCAUGUUGAUUACAGAUGGCAAGAGGAUCUUAUCGCUACACACCAGUUGGGUGAAUAUCCUUUAGGAAGAGCGGUAGACUUACUAAUGGGUGGGGGUAGAAGCCAUUUUUACCCUCAGGGUGAGAAGGUUUCUCCAUACGGCCACCAUGGUUCUAGGAAAGAUGGAAGAGAUUUAAUUGAUGAGGCUAAAUCUAACGGCUGGCAGUACGUGGGUGACCGUAAAAGUUUUGAUUUUUUGCUAAAAAGCCACGGUGACAACGUUACUUUACCUCUACUGGGUCUCUUUGCAGACAACGAUAUCCCUUUUGAAAUUGACAGAGAUGAAAAGGAGUAUCCUUCCCUCAAGGAGCAAGUCAUUGUGGCUUUGAACGCCUUGGAAAAAGCUUCUAAUGAGGACAAAGACUCUAAUGGGUUUUUCCUAAUGGUGGAAGGCUCCAGGAUUGAUCACGCUGGCCACCAAAAUGACCCAGCUUCACAGGUGAGGGAGGUUUUGGCAUUCGAUGAGGCAUUUCAAUACGUUUUAGAAUUUGCUGAAGAUUCCAACACUGAAACCGUCUUGGUUUCUACAUCAGACCAUGAAACGGGCGGUUUAGUCACUUCAAGACAAGUCACUGCUAGCUAUCCUCAGUAUGUUUGGUAUCCACAAGUACUUGCCAACGCCACCCAUUCAGGUGAGUUUUUGAAAAGGAAACUGGUAGAUUUUGUUCAUGAGCAUAAAGGCGCAACCAGCAAGAUAGAAAAUUUCAUCAAGCAUGAGAUCCUGGAAAAGGAUUUGGGCAUCUACGACUACGCUGAUAGCGAUUUAGAGACAUUAAUUCAUUUGGGCGACGAUGCGAAUGCUAUUCAAGACAAGCUGAAUGACAUGGUGUCGUUUAGGGCACAAAUUGGCUGGACUACGCAUGGUCACAGUGCAGUCGAUGUCAACAUAUAUGCAUACGCCAAUAAGAAAUCUACAUGGUCAUACGUCUUAAACAAUCUACAAGGCAACCACGAAAAUACUGAAAUUGGCCAGUUCUUAGAAAACUACUUAGAAUUGAACUUGGGUGAAGUCACUGAUUUGAUUAGGGACACCAAACACGCGUCAGAUUUUGGUGCUACAGAAAUAGCUAGUGAAGUAUCUCAUUAUGACGAAUACUACCACGAGUUGUCCAAGUGA